CCCAUGCAUGCGUUGGCUAGAUAGCACAGAAGACGGCAUCAACCUCCUCGUCGCCGCUGUGGCUGAGAUGGAAGUUCCCCAGCUUUAGGAGUCGUACCCAUGUUCGCUGAUUAUAUUCGUAAAAUACGUUUGUGAUAUUCAUUGGCCAGGACAUUUCCAACAUCGCUGUCACAUCGGUAUGCACACCACCGAAAUUGCACUGGAGAACCCGUGGCUAAUGGCGACGGCCCGUUAAUCAGGAUGAAACAGAAUUAGGUUAUGGUGUGUUAAAUUCAGCAUGAUUUAUUUUGUUUCGUAAGAACUAAUGGGUGGGUGACCUUCAUUUGUCCCUUUAUAUCAUUACUUGAUAUCAAGAGGAUAAUACAAUAUCUACACGGCAUUUCUUCAUAAUAAGUUUCAGUCUAUAUAAGUAUGAAGGUCGGUGAUAAAUAAAGAGUGAUAACUGUAGAUCAACAUACUCUUCCUACUUCCUAUACUGUCCGGUAUAAAUAUAUUAUCGCCAGGACUGUAAACCAAAUAAAGUAAUAUAAUUACCUUAGCAGUAGCCCUGAUAAAAACUCGGGUGGAUCUGGAACAAGGCAGUUCGAAUGUGUCACUUGUGUUGUGCAACCAUGGUUCGAUUGUUGUUCUCCAUCCUUGCGCUUGUAAUUCUCACCCAAGCUCAGAUUGAGAGGAAAGGACCGUGCCCCGACCUUCCUGUCAUGGAGAACUUUCAGCCGACAGAGUACACGGGCAUCUGGUAUGAGUACGAGAAAUACCCAGCUUCCUUCCAGAGCAAUCCGUCUAUCUGUAGCUUUGCCAAUUACACAUUGAAACCAAAACGUAGGAUUGACGUGGUCAAUAAAGCUCUAAACAAGUUGACCGGCAAAUACAGCGCAGCCCAUGGAGAGGCGUAUGCCCCAGAUCAAGAUGAACCAUCGAAGCUUCUUGUAAAGUUCGACCGAAGUCCCGCCCCACCUGGUCCAUACUGGGUACUAGACACUGACUACGAGAAUUAUUCGAUUGUCUACAACUGUAAAAAUAAACCAGGCAACACAACAAGACUAGAAAUAGUGUGGAUUUUAGCUCGGAAAAGCCAAGGCCCAGGAGCACAACUGGUAGUGGAAGCAGAAGGUUUACUUAUACGACUCGGGGUCAGCACACGUUUUUUUCGAAAGUCUAAUCAAACGGGCUGUGCAAGCACAUCAAGUGGCGGGGACAAUAUAAAUGGCCAGUUAUUUGGUAUAAUUUGUAUGUUUGUAAUUCUGCUCAUACUAGGACAGUCACCUCAUUGAUUUUUUUAGCGUUAAAACAAAUGUAAGCGGGACGAGCUUGAGAACCUAUGAGAAUAUAUAUUUCAAAACGUAUUUCAACCAUCACGUCCAAUGACUUAUCAUUGUAUAGUAUAAUAUUGUACUUUAAGAAGGAAUGUAUGGAAGGUCAACAGCCCUUCAAAAGAUAGUCAUCCGGUGAUAUAGUUGUGUUUUAAGGCAACCGUGUUGUAGCCGAUAACCUACAUGUAGUGUAAUGAAAGUGUUAUUAAAUAAUAAAAUGCGA